AUGGCAACGUCAAAAGCUACCCGGAUCAAGAACCCUGCUCUUUUCAUCUGUGAUAUCCAAGAGCGUUUUAGACCGAUCAUUUACGAGUUUCCAAAGAUGGUCUCAACCUCCCUCAAGAUCCUCCGUGCUUGCAAACCCCUUGGGAUUCCUAUCUACGUGACCACCCAAAAUCGCGCCCGCCUUGGUAAUACGGUUUCCGAAUUUGCCCCGUACCUGGAUUCUUCCAAUCCAAAUCUUCGGGCAGAUUUCGACAAAACACUAUUUUCAAUGGUUAUUCCUGAAAUUAAAGCUCUUCUGCCCAACACUGCCGCUACUGGUGGUAACCAAGAGCCCCUCGACGUCAUUUUGAUUGGAAUUGAAUCCCACGUCUGCGUAACACAGACAGCUUUGGAUCUGCUAGCGCUUGGGCAUAGAGUGUACUUGAUCUGGGACGCGGUGAGCAGCUGUAAUGCUGAAGAGAGAAAUGUCGCAUCAGCAAGACUCAGAGAUGCAGGUGUGAUUGUGACCACAAGUGAAAGCAUAUUGUUUGAAGUCAUGGGGGAUGCCAAAGUACCCGGGUUCAAGGAGGUGAGUGGGUUGGUGAAGGAGACAGGGGAGGAAACAAAGAAUGCCUUGGGGGUAUUUUGUGCAAAGAUUUAA